ACGCUCGUCGACUCGAAAACCUGGCGGCGUCAGACCGGCUCCAGUCCGCUCACGCACCCGCAGCGAUAUCUUCACUUUCCACUCCCCCAGAUGAGAGUGCAGAGAAUCGAAAGACUUUUUUUACGGUUUUUUAGAGAGUAGUUAUUGAAAAUACAGACUUUAAGGUAGUUUUUGAAGAAAAUAAGAAGAAAAACUAACUUAGUUGAAGACGUAGAGGACGUUGAGAAGCGUCGUUUUUCGGCGCCGAAAUUUCAUGGACUUCUUGUUGAGCUACGGCGAUCUCUUCCCAACAAGACCCGGCAAGAACGAGAUGGCGCCGCGACGCCACCAGGUGACCGCCUUACUCCUAGAAGACGAGUCCUCCACGUCUCCGACCUCUGGUUUAACCCGGUGUUGCGUACCAACCGGCGAAUGUCUUCGCGCCCAACAACAACAACUCCAAAGCAACAACAACAACGACCCAAUGUUGAUCUCUUUGGACGAUCUCCGCGACACCGUCCGCGUGACCUGCAACAACGACGCCUGCAACGUCGGCCGUUACAUGCACCGCGAGUGCUUCGAACAAUGGGAGCAAUCGGUUUUGGCGUAUCUGAAGACUUGUGGUCGAGCUAGAUCUUGGUCUGAGAGGCAACGUCACCAGAACCUCUGGACCAAGAAAGGUUAUGAUUUGGCGUUUAAAGCUUGCGGUUGUAAAUGUGGUCGUGGGCAUCUCAAGAAAGACUUGGAUUGGACACCACCGCCGCCAACUGCCAACAUCUUCGGAAGAGUUGAAGAAAUCGAAACUGCUAAAAAGAAAAAACGUAGAAAUCGACAUUCGAGACCAACAUUGGCCAUCGGGGCUCAUCAUCCCGCUAACAUCGCAGCCCCCGUGGUGCCACCUGGUGAAGGUAGAGGUCGAGCUGGAAGUUUGUCUUCGAGCACCGGGAGCUCAUCUCCACCAGCAACCGGAAGCGAAUCGAGCGUCUCACCAGUACAUGCACAUAGCAAGAAGAAAAGCAAAUUUGAAUUCAAUGAUAGAGUUAGGAAUGUCGCAGGCGGUGCCAAUGGCAUCUUCACCAGGCGGCUCGACUUUUCAUCCUUCAACGCAUUGCCAAAGAACAAACUUAAUUCCUAUCAGAUUAAGACGGAAGACGAGGGCAAUCAUGGAAACGACGACACCCGAUGUUUCAUACUGUCCACGUUAGCUUCUCAGGGAAGGUCACGGGUCCAUUGUGUCCUCUGCGAAGAGCAACUGUUAGUUUUCGAUAGAUACCCACUAGUCGACGGCACGUUCUUCUUAAGUCCAAGGCAACACGCCAAAAGCUGCAUCGAAGUGAAAGUUGAAGCCCGAACACAAUUCCUUAGCGUGGUCUGCAUGGCUUGUUUGGAAGGAGCAACUGGAAGGGUGAUACGCUGCAGAUUUUGCAAUCAACAAUGGGAUGGAUCAUCAUUGGUUUUGGGUACGAUGUACUCUUACGAUAUUUUCGCUGCUAUGCCUUGUUGUACAGAAAGAAUCAAGUGCAACUCUUGUUAUAAACCAGUUCUUCAUCCAACACAACGUUUGAAUUUCUUCAGCGAUUAUAGUCACAUGGUGCCAUGUCCACAUUGUCGUACGAUGGACACGCACUUUGUGAAACCACUUAGCUAUUGUUACGCGCGUCUUCCGGUGCGAGCGCUUCAAAUGUGGCCAUAGCAUGAGGCCGCGCUUUUUAAGGCGCGGCCGCACCAGCAGCAGCAGCAUCAAACGCAGCAGCAGCAGCGCGAUCAUCAGGAGCUCUUCGAUUUGGAUUUGGGGCUUCUAUGGCGCGAAUUGGCCGGCCUGAAGUUAGACGAUCUUUGCCGAUUGCAACUCACCCGUUCUCGGUAAAAAAAUUUUAUUUAAACAAAAUUUAAAGUUAAAAUUUAAUUUUUUUGAUUUUUAUAACGAUUUUUUUAAACGAAAUUAGGAGAAGUUUAGUUAUCUUUGUUAUUAUAUUAUGUUUGUUGCGUUCCGAGUUGAAGCGAUGGUUUUCGACGGUUUUUUCUUUGGAAACAAACAUUUUUUGUGUAAGACUGAACUUUAAAAAUUAAAUUUCUAAUAAAAAAAACCAAUGAAAAGUGGAACGGA